GUCAUUAGGAUUCAUCAUCAGGGUGGAAAUCAUUACUCACUCGGCUCCAUUCAAAGAUUCACAUUCACAGAUUCGUUUGUUUCUGCAUGUGAGGUUAAUAGCCCGGCAGCAGCGUUCUUCUCAGAAAGAUUUGUUCUUACAUGUCAAUAAGAUGGCCUUGAAUUGUAACUUCAGUGUAUUUUCAGGUUGAAGCAGGUUCACAUUCAGCUGAAUGCCAUCCAAUCAUUCCAGUGCAUAAUCAAAUCUAUGCUUAUUUGGUAAGGCUGAGAGAUCUUAUUUUGAGUGACAGAUAGCUUGGACUGUCUGCAGCAGUUCACAACCAGCAGUACCGAGCAGAGAGCGGAGGUGGUGGUGGAGGAGGAGCAGCACGGUGUACCUGACACCUACAGCCGCGCGUCGCAGCGCUCUUUCUCUCGCAGAAACAACCCGGACUGGCAGCCACGGGUGCCUCCUCCUCUCUCCUGGCUGUGCGUUAGUUAAGAGGAAAUCUGUGGAGUUUGAACGGGACACGUUGCUUUUGUUGACAGUCCGCAAAACUCUGACAAAUAAUAAUAAUAAUUUUUUUUUUUUUUUUUAGAAAGCAACAAAACACUUUGGACAAGUGUCUUUCAAAAACUGCCGGGGAUUUUCUGACUGAUUGUGAGUAAGAGGACUACACCUUCAAAGAUGCGUCUGCCGGUGCUUCUCUGUGCCGUGGUGAGUCUGUGUGCAGCACCGGGCCCGGUGGCCGGGGCGGACAGAAGCUGCGCCGACCUCCGGCAGUUCUACACCGGGAAAGGUUUCACUUCGGAACGGGUUCCUCAGACAGAAAUCUCCGGUGAACAUCUGAAGAUGUGUCCUCAGGGCCCGACUUGCUGUACCAGCACAAUGGAGGAGGACCUGGCCGGCCUGAGCAACAAGGAAACGGAGGGACUGAUCAGAGAGGCCGGCAGGUCGCUGCAGGCUGUCUUCAAUUCUCUCCACAGGAACUUUGACACCUAUUUCACCGAGUUGCACAGUCGUUCUGAGCGCUCCCUGCAGGAGGUGCUGUCUCCGCUCGGCCCCCUGUACUCCCAGAACACCCGCCUGUACGGGGAUCUCUACGCUGACCUGCGCCAGUACUAUCGGGGCUCUGCUCUCAACCUGGACGAGAACCUGUCUGAGUUCUGGUCUCGCCUUUUGGAGCGAACAUUCAAAGCCUCUGCGCCCACAGAUGUCAACUUAUCAGAGGACUACCUUGAGUGUGUUGCUAAGCAACAGGAGACGCUGCGGCCAUUCGGAGACGUCCCCCGGGACAUGAAGGCGAAGGUGAUCCGGGCUUUUGUCACAGCCAGGUCGUUUGUCCAGGGGCUGUUAGUCAGCGUAGAUGUGGUCAGGAAGGUCUCACAGGUUUCUCUGAGUCCAGAGUGUGAGAAGGCCUCCAUGAAGCUGAUUUACUGCCCCCAUUGUCGUGGCCUGGCCUCUGCUAAACCCUGCUCCAACUACUGCGCAAACGUCAUGAAGGGCUGCCUGGCCAAUCAAGCUGACCUGGACCCUGAGUGGCAGAACCUUAUAGACACAAUGAUCCAGGUGGCGUCCAGUUUCAGCACGGAGCCCAGCCUCGAUGUGGUUCUCUCUUCCAUCCCUGUUCGGAUCUAUGAGGCUGUGCACUACCUGCAGGAAAACAUGGAUACUUUCACAGCUAAGGUGUAUCAGACAUGUGGAACUCCAGGAGAGCUGGGAACAGGAAGUCCCACCCUUCAUGAACAGAAGAGGAAGAGCAGCUCCCUGACCGCUUCGGAGUACAAACCCUCCCCGACUGCCGGGCUCAGACUUGAAAUGCAGGUAUCGGAUCUAUCCAGUAAGCUGAGGGAGAUGCGUCGGUACUGGGUUCAGCUCCCCUUGGCGCUUUGUGGCAAACUGGCACCUGGAAGCAGCAGUCAGGAUAAAUGCUGGAAUGGUAUCACUAAAGCCAGGUACCUGCCAGAAGUGAUGGGCGACGGUUUGGCCAAUCAGAUCAACAACCCAGAAGUGGAGCUCGACAUCACAAAGCCAGACAUGACCAUCCGACAGCAGAUCAUGCAACUCAAAAUUAUGAGCAACAGGCUGAAAAAUGCACUGGAUGGCAAUGAUGUAGAUUUCCAAGAUGCAAGUGAUGACAUCAGCGGCUCUGGAAGCGGCAUGUGUGUAGGUGGUCAGUGUCCUCGGAGCAGACCGGGAUUGUACGCCUACUCGCCAGACGACAAUCGAGUCAGAGGCGCAGCCGUGUCCCAAACUGGCUUCUGUAGCCUGCUAUUCCUGCUCCCGGCGACCCUCCUGCUGCUGCUCCAGCGAUGAUGGAGCACUGCUGCCUCCAGUCAGGAGUUUGAAGUCUAAGGCAGGGCUGAACCAUGGGAAGGACAAACGGGGGUUCAGCUUGAGGAAGCAACUUUGCCAAAAAAAAAAAAAAAAAAAAAAAACCUAAAAAAGAAAUAAAGGAGACAUUUUGGGGAAUGAGAAGACAUUUUCAUGGACUAAGAAGAGCGAAAACUGACUAUAUUCUUUAUUUUACUGAGUUUUCAUAUGUCUUAGUUUGUUAGUGUGGUUUUUUUUUUUGGAUGAGGACAGAAAAAGGACGCAGACAAGGGAGACAAAGGGAUGACAAAGAAGACUGAUGAAGAUAAUGAUGUCCAUUUGUGUCCAGUCAGCAGGCUCCAGAGACCUGUGAAAAAAUGUUCGGUGCCCUGAUAUUGUGUUCACCAAGGUUUGUUUCUUGUUUUAUUUUUGUUUUUUUGUGUACCCUGUAAAUGUUUGUGUACAUUAGUUUAAAGGCUGGCACCAUAUCGAGCCAUGAAUGUACAGCAUAAUACUCUACUGGCAAGGAAUUCCCCGUAAUCUGUGAUGUCGUCGUCCAGAAGUCUUAGUGUCACUGCUUUAAGCAAACACAUUCAGUAGGAUUUGUUUGAAAUAUUACAGAUAAAUUAUCACAACCCUGUCAUGUAUCAGAUGUGCCGUGCUGUUUACCCAACCAUUUCUAAAUGAUUUUCAAAAGAAAACUGAAACAAACACUUUUUUUUUUUUUUAUAGCAAAUCCUUAUCUUUGUGAAGACGUGAGCAGCAUCACUGAAGCUCUUAGAGAGAACACACAAGCAGUUUCCUUAAGUUCUUUUUUCUGAAGACUACAUGAUUGUUACACAUCUGGUUGCAGUAAACACACACACACACACAAACACACAACUCCACAGAGAAGAUAAAGUCCAGAGAGGACAAUUUGGGGAAUUCUCGCCUGUGUUAAGGCUGAUAUAUGGUAGAUCAAACCAAAGCUUAUUGCAUACAUGUGAGAACCCUUCACCAGGUUUUGCACUCCAUAUAAUGUUUAAAGAAUGCACCAGAAAGAAAACAAAAGGUUUCAGUUCACUUUUGUACAUAUGGGAUAUUUGCAAAAUACUGCGUGCAUUAGCCUGGUGAUACUGUAGGUCAUUUACUUGGCAUGCCUGUCCUCAAUGUGCACUGCUAUACUGGUACAUAUGGAACUUCUGAUUCACGCAAAUGUGUUACGCACACAUUUUACACUCUGGGGCUGUGUAUUAAGCCGGUUUUUAUUCAUCAGUGUAUCCCAAUCACACAUUUCAUUCAUUAAACUCUGUUUGAUUGUA